AUGCGAAGAUUUCGAUACCCAGACAUUGAGAAACUUGCUUUCGCCCUGGUGGUUUCGGCUAGACGCCUCCGGCCAUACUUUCAAGCUCACACCAUCCAUGUCCUAACCAACCAACCACUCAGGCAAGUGUUGCAGAAGCCAGAGACUUUUGGGAGGUUAGUCAAGUGGGCCAUUGAACUUGGUGAGUUUGAUAUCCACUACAAACCCCGCCAAGCCGCAAAGGGCCAAGCCGUGGCUGAUUUCAUAUCUGAAUUCACCGAACCCCAUACUUUGGCCAGUCCUCAGAUUGCAAUCACGCCUACUCCUACCUCGAACCAGGUCCAUGUCGCCAGCAACGGCUCCCUAGACUUAACUCAGCCCUUGUGGACCUUGUAUGUGGAUGGCUCUUCCAAUGCCCAGGGAUGUGGAGCUGGCCUCGUUCUCAUAUCCCCAGACAAGGUUGCCCUUGAGUACGCCCUCCGCUUCAAAUUCCACGCCUCCAACAAUGAGGCUGAAUAUGAAGCACUCUUAGCCGGCCUUCGCCUAGCCAAGGAAAUGGGCGCCAAGCAAAUCCAAAUAUUCAGCGACUCGCAGCUUGUUGUCCACCAAGUCAACCAGGACUUCACGGCCAAGGACAUCUCCAUGACAGCCUACCUCCAACAUACCGCCACCUGCUUACAACUUUCAAUGCUUAUCUCAUAG